CGCGCGACAGGCUGUUUUGCGCGCGCUGAGGUAAUUUGCGCACGCGAGAGGCUGUUUUGCGCGCGCAGAGAUCAUUUGCGCGCUCGCAGUUAAUAUCUACUCGUGUGGAAUUAUAUAAUACGCCCGAAUGCAUCUUUUAUCACAUUAGUGAAUUAUGGCACUAAUGUGUCGCCAUAAUCGUUCUUCUCACUCUACAAUUCUUCUGUCUGACUUCAGUUCACCACCACACCAUCUGUAUCGCCAUUUCUCCUUUUCCUCCAAACCAUGCGUACGCAUGGGUCAGAGUUUGCUUAGGGCUGCGCACAUUCUCCCGUCAAGUCGGUUUUUUAUAGAUCACAACCUUGGCGUGGAAAGUCACGUACGCAAAUUUCAGCCCCGUUUUGUGCGUACGCAACGGUUAUAAAUGAGACCCCAGGUAUGUGAUCCCCUCACGUAAAUAUUUUACCGACACUGCCAUCCCCUAACUCUACAGCGAAGUCAAAGAGGAGGUAAAUGGAACUUUAAGUUUAGCCGAAGGAGUUGCUAUAACUUGUGACGGUUGGUCAUCAAGAGCUACUGAAUCCUACAUGACCAUAACGGCGCAUCACAUCACGGAUGAAUGGCAGCUUUUAGCUCAUGUUCUUCAAACCAGGGCGAUGCAUGAGAGUCAUACCGGGGCUAAUGUGGCUGAGGUGCUGAGAACGGCAACCGAAGAGUGGGGCAUCUCUAACAAGCCGAUUGUUUUGGUAACGGACAAUGCGUCCAACAUGGUAGUGGCUGCGCAGGUCGGGGGCUACCUUCACGUGAAAUGUUUUGCCCAUACCCUCAACCUCGCCUCACAGCGCGCACUUAAGCUGCCUGCUGUCGCUAGGUUACUGGGAAGAGUCCGGAGAAUAACCACUUUUUUCCACCGCAGUACAAUCGCCAACUCCAUGUUGGAACAAAAACAAAAGCUCCUGGACAUCCCCACUCACAAGCUUAAGACCGAUGUUGUGACCCGUUGGAACAGUGGCUGCGAAAUGCUUCAGCGUUUCUUGGAACAACAACCAGCGAUCUGUGCUGCUCUGUUGUCCUCUGACGUCAGGCGGUCAGGAAGUGAUAUUUGCACCCUCAACGAAAAUGACAUUACAGACGCUGAGGACAUAAUGCAGGCACUUCGACCGAUGUUUGUAGCCACGAAAAUAGUUUCAGAGGAGAAGAAUCCCACUUUGUCCAUCAUUGCUCCAGUGCAUGCAAAGCUGCUAAAUGACACACAUCAGGCAAUGGGGGACAAACCAAUUGUGAGGGACAUCAAACAGGCAAUAAAUCAAGAUCUGCAGAAGAGAUAUAGCACUGUUGAGGAGAAAAACACCCUCCACACAGCAUCGGCCCUGGAUCCACGAUUUAAGUCACUGCCUUUCCUGACCACAGAUGACAUCAGUGCCACAUAUUCCAAACUGGUUGUGGAGGCAGCCAGCCUUCAGCCCACUAUUAGGCAAGAAGAGACUAGCAGUGCCUCUGGAAUAGAAAUGGAUGGACAGGAUCUUGAGGUGCUUGAAGAGCCACAACCUAAAAGAAGAUCUGGGCUAGCUGAUUUACUGGGAGAAACAUUUUAUACCACAGCCCCACUAAAGUCAGCAUUUUCCCAAGCUGAAGAGGAAGUGAAGAGAUACCAGGAGGCUUCUCCACUGCCACUUGAAGAAAACCCUCUCAACUGGUGGAAAGCUCAUGAGAAAAUGUAUCCUUUCCUGGCCAAACUCUCCAAAAGAUACCUGAGCAUUCCAGGCACAAGUGUGUCUGCUGAAAGGGUGUUCUCCACUGCAGGGGAUAUAGUCACAGCCCAGAGGAGCACUUUAACAUCUGAGCAUGUUGACCAACUGCUUUUUCUGAGCAAAAAUGCCAACAUUCCAAAAUGAAUUUAACAUUUUGGUUCAUGACCUUGCAGCAAACUAGACUGGACUCUAGAAGUUCACAUUUUUGUUUAUUUUUCUCAAGUUGAUUGAAGCACUGAGUUACUCUUAUUUAUAUGAGUAUUCUAAGGUUUAUGUUACUCUAUUAAGUCUGCUUUGUGUUACUCUAUUGUAUUUAAAUAAUUGUAAUUUAUGUGCUGGGAGCUCAGCGUUCAUGUGAGAGGUCACCUAUUCCGAAAUAAUUACAACGGUCCUGUGUCCUGAAUGUUCAAGGACAAAGUUUUGCACUACCCUCCUAAGUUUUUGCACUGUUGUUCACAUAAUUAAAUGUGCCAUUUGAAGUGAGUUGAGCAGUCUUUUUUUCCUCUUUUUUUGUAAUGUCUUUGAAUAAUAUGGGGAACAUGAAUUGCAAUAUAUCGCAGAAUUGAAUCGCAAUACUUGCUGUAUCGCAAUAUAUUGAGAAUCGCAAUAAUAUUGAAUCGUGGCCCAAAUAUCGCAAUAAUAUCGAAUCGUCAAAUUUUUGCCAAUUCCCACCCCUACUACUCGAUACAAACGCAGAGCCAGGAGCCAGAAGAGGUCAGAAACAUAUGGCAGCCCUGAGCUACUAGAUAGAUACAAAGGUCUGCUGUUUGUCGCUCCAAGCAUGUUAAAUACAAUUCCCCUCCUUCUGCUUCAUAGUUACCAUACCGAAAUACUUUAACAAAUAAAGUGAGCUAAAAGUGAUCCGGUUUGAACUACUUUCUUCAAGAACACGGCAAUAUACGGGUCUACCUGAUUUAAUCAAACUAUUUUCUGUAGCCAAAGUAUGUGUUGUUGAUGGAUAACAGUUGAACAGAUAGCCUAAUACAGGAAUCCUCACUCCUACAUAUUUGUUCACCAUGAUGGAUGUGGGAGCAUCAGUCCUUACCAAAUGACAGGACCAUUAAUCAAACAUCAGAGAUGUUCACUGUGACGAAGUCCUCCGCUGUCCCAAUGGAUUAAGGAAUGCAUUGAAUCCAGGUUUCCUUUCGCUUUAUAUUUGUUUUGACCAAUAAUGUUGCUCAAGUUUAUAUCGUUAAGUGUGUCAUUAGUCACGUUUCCAUCUAAAAGGUGAUGCGAAUCUUUAGAAAGUUCUCAAAUUUUUUUUUGGAUUUAGGUGCGUUUCCAUCAAGUGGUUGGGGCGAAAAACUACACACAUUAAUCGCAUUAAUGCCAUAGUUAAUUUAGGAUUAAUCGCGAGCAAUCGCGAUUAAUCGCAAAUGUUUCUUCUAUGCUAAAUAUCCCUUGAAUUCUUUGUCCCAUUCAUUUUUCUCAUUUUAAUGCAUCAAUGCAUUGGUCCAACCAACAUGGAGAAGUGCAUCGGCUUGCCUUGUGCAAAUGUUUUUUUAAUAACAUUGGCAUAUACUGAACAAAACAGGACGAUACAAAAAAAAAGCCUAUAGUUCAUACUGCCUUGAACAUAGCAGUCAGGCUACUGCUUCUUUGUUUUGAGCCAAAGAAAAAAAAAAAAUAAUAAUAAUAAUUUAAGAUUAAAAUUGGUUUGCGUUAACGCGGUUAAUAACGCGUUUAACUGACAGCACUAAUAUAUAUAUAUAUUAGGGCUGUCAAAAGAUUAUAAUUUUUAAUUUGAUUAAUCACAGGGUAGCUGUGGAUUAAUCGCGAUUAAUUACCAUUCGUAAAUAUGCCCGGAAUUUCUAAAUUUCUCUGUAUAUUGUUGUAGGAACGGAAAGAUAAAUGACAGAAGGUGGAUGUAUAGGCAUUUAGCAUGUUCUUUUAUUCAUGAAAGAAUCCAGAUGAUCGUGUUAUUUAUAAUGAAAAAUAAAAUCGAACUUAAACAUACCACACCAUAUUUCAAUUUUUGUUUUGUGUCAGUCUCUUUGCAAUGCCUAUGAGCAUAUAACAUAUUUUUUUUAUUUUUAUCAAACUUAAAGAUAACAGUCAUCCCAAACGUCAUGGGCAUCUUAGCCAUUGCUAAGUUUAGAAUGGUUAAACAUUGGUUGAAAAUUUUCCAUUUUUUAAAUUAACAAACUACCACAUCUUCAUACAAUAAAAUGUGUCUCUCUUGGCUAUUCUUCUUUUAGCCAGUUGCUGAGGCAAACUAACUGGUUGACAUUUUCUGUAAGUAAGGCUGACCGUUUCUUUUGCACGAUGUGGCCUGCCACUGAGAAGAGUCUUUCACAUAGAACUGUGGAUGCAGGAGUCGCUAGAUAUUUGCGAGCCAGCAGGGCCAGCUUGUCAUGGGCUCCUGAAUGAGCAGACCACCACUGCAAGGGACAGUCCUCCAUACUAAUGCAGGGCUCUGCCCUGUACCUGUGUAUGUCUCUGCUAGGGCUGUCACUUUUUAUUCGAAGUUCGAAUAUUCGUUCGAAGGUGGGGUGAAAAGUUCGAAUUCGAAGUGUAAUUCUCCAUUCGAACUUCAAAAAUGCGCUAUAAAGAAGAGAGCGGCGAGUGGCUUUUCCACAAUAAAGCGGCCCUCCUGGAUCCCCGCUUCUCCCGGUUAGUCCACCUUUCCCCUGCACAGAAACAUCUCGUGACUGAAAGCCUCUCACACGAGCUCAUUGAAACGGAGACCGACACUGAUCGCACACGACAGGGAGAAAAGUCCGCUGGCGCGAUGGGAAGCCUGUUUGGGGACUUAUACAGCACGGCUGACAGAAGCAGCUGCAGCGGUAACGGAGAGCUGCGAGACUACUUGUAAUUUUCUUUCCGUAAGGAAUAAAAGAGCAGCAUGCCGUGUUGGAGGUCGGCCUCACAGAUUGUUCGUUUAUAUAGGCUGUGUGUGCCAUGGACGACAUGCGCUCCGCAUAUCGCGCUCCGAGCAGUUAUUGUAAUGCGUAAAAGACAGCCGCACUUGUGUGUCGGAGCUUCCUCAUGUUGUGUUUACAAAUGUGUUAUCAAAGAUGUGUUUUUAUCCUGUGCUGUUAUGAAUUCAGUAGGUAUACGUGAUUUCCACAAGAAAUAAAAAGAACAG